GUUCUCCCGUUCUAUUGAAAAAAUUGUUACUGCAAUGAUCUUACAAUGGACGGUACUCCUGGUACCCUUAUUCAUAACAUAUAAUGUGGUUGAAAGUAAAUCUACGAUGGAACAAAUGGCCAAAGCUGGUGAAAUGAUGCGAAACGUUUGUAUUGGUAAAUUUAAAGCUACGGUUGAGCAAAUUGAAGCUCUGGGUCGCGGAGAAUUCAUCGAUUCUAAGGAAGUAAAGUGCUAUGCAAAUUGCGUACUGGAAAUGAUGCAGGCGAUGCGCAAAGGUAAGGUGACAGCCGACGCUGCAAUCAAACAAAUAGACAUGGUGAUUCCACCGGAAAUUGGUGAACCAACCAAGCAGGCAAUCGACGUAUGUCGUAAUUCAGCCGACGGAAUCAAGAACAACUGUGAAGCCGCCUUUGCAUUGCUGAAGUGUAUUCAUCAAAAUAAUCCGAAGUACUUCUUCGCGUAUCUACAAUCGGUUGCCUAUGAUUUGAUGCCAAAACUAUUCAGAAUGAGCCAAGUAACGUUUUUGAUUAUUUUGGGUUCGUGCAUAGUCGGAUCAAUUGGUGUUUCGGGCUCCAUGACUACUGGAGAGUUAGUCUCAAUUGUAAACAUGUUAAGAUCGUACUGUCAACCCAAAUUCGGAAUUUCCGAUGAAAUUGCUACUAGUCUGUCCAAAGGAGAGUUUCCUAACACCCGGAGCUUCAAGUGCUACGUGUCAUGCAUGUUUGAACUCGCCCUUCCGUCCAAAGGAGGUAAAUACUCUUAUGAAGAUGCUGUCAAACAAAUUCAAUUACUUCCACAAGAGUACCAGAAACCUUUUCGUCAGACGUUGCGUAUUUGCAAGAAUGCAGCGGAUGGGAUAAGCGACCCAUGUAACCGUGCCUAUGCACUGUUUACAUGUUUCUACGAUGCGACUCCCAAGUUAUACUUUCCUUGGUGACAAAGCGAUGGCAUUGUGAUAGCUUCCUAAUUACACGAGGAAGAUGUGGCAAUAGUUUCAAGGCUACCAUACCUUUUAAUCGAGGAUUCCCAUUGAUGUAAUCGUCAUAUUUGAGCAUAUACCGAAUAAACUUUAUAUUUCGAAAACCUUUAUUUUUAAUAAAAAAAA